AUGGCGACGAACAUAACAUACCACCCGACGCCACUAACCCCGACCCUCCGCUCCACCCUCCGCAAGCAAACCGGCCUCACGAUCUGGCUGACGGGCCUCUCCGCCUCGGGCAAAUCCACCAUCGCCGUCGCGCUGGAACAAGCCCUCCUCCGCCCGCCCUACAACCUGCACGCCUACCGCCUCGACGGCGACAACAUCCGCUUCGGCCUGAACAAGGACCUGGGGUGCACCCCCGCCGACCGCACCGAGAACAUCCGCAGGAUCGCCGAGGUCGCCAAGCUGUUCGCCGACAGCUGUAGCGUGGCCAUCACGAGCUUCAUCAGUCCGUAUCGCGCCGAUAGGGAUCUUGCGCGGAAACUACAUCAAGAGGCGCGGCAUGGCGCCGACGCGGCCGAAGGUGAGGAUGGAGAAGGCGGAGAGGGCGGCGUGCCUUUUAUUGAGGUUUGGGUGGAUGUGAGUGGUGAGGAGGCUGAGAGGAGGGAUCCCAAGGGUCUGUAUAAGAAGGCGAGGGAGGGGAUCAUCAAGGAGUUCACGGGUAUCAGUGCGCCGUAUGAGGAGCCGUUGAGGCCGGAGAUUCAUAUUCGGAGUGAGGAGACGGGGGUGAAGGAUGCGGUGGAGCAGAUUGUAGCGUAUUUGGAUGGGAGGGGGUUGUUGAGGAGGGAGGAGGGGUUGGUGGAGGGUUGA